UGCUCAUCUGCUUUCCACCUCUCUACAUACGUCCAAGAUGAGUUUCCCUAUGAUGGCGAGCUACGCUACACUGUUCGGACUCUGGACGCUCACUCAGUUCGUUCUGGUGCCUGUUCCCGUCAACCUGAUCGUCACGAGCACCCUCAUCCUGUACAUUGGGAGCCACCGAUCGCUCCGCCUGAGGGACAAGACUAGCGUCGAGGCCUGUGAGUCCGAGACCCUCUCUAAAGAGGCUGCCAUGAAGGCGCCCGUCGUCGGGAGCAUGGUGCUCGUCACCAUAUACUUUUUGUUCAAGUACGUGGACGCCAAGAUUGUAAAUAUGCUUCUGUUGGCCUACUUCACCUUCAUCGGGUCUUUCGCACUAGCGGCCACGGUCGACCCCGUCCUCGUACAGAUCUUCGGCACAACGGACGCGAAGCGUCACGGCACCAAGUUUGAGCUGCCCUUGAUCGGAGAGGUGGACCUGACCUUCACGGCUACGGAGCUGGUGAGCUUCGUGAUCGGGGUGGCGUUUGCGGCAGCUUACGCUAAGACCAGGCACUGGGCGCUUAACAACAUCUUCGGCAUGACCUUCUGCGUGCAGGCGAUGGAGCGCGUGUCGCUGGGGUCUGUAAAGGUGGCGGGCAUUCUGCUGGUGGGGCUCUUCAUUUACGAUAUCACCUGGGUGUACGGGGGCCCCGUGAUGGAGUCGGUGGCGAAGAGCGUCCAAGGGCCGAUCAAGAUCUUGUUCGUGAGCGCGUGGGCCAACCCGGACGCCGACCCCCCCGUCAAGCUCACCACCAGCCUGCUCGGUCUCGGCGACAUCGUCGUGCCCGGCCUGUUCUCGGCGCUGCUGAUCAGGUUCGACGCGGUGAGGGCGAACGCGGACCCUUCCCACGCGGAGCACGGCAGCUUCCCGAAGCCCUACUUCCACGCGUGCCUCGUUGCUUACAUUGGCGGGUUGGCGGCGACGGUGACAGUGAUGUUCUACUUCAAGGCGGCGCAGCCGGCGCUCUUUUACCUCGUCCCGGCAUGCCUCGGGGCCACCGGCAUGACUGCUCUGUGGCGCAGAGAGGUGAAGGCUCUCGUGGCGUACGACGAAGACACGGAGGAGGUCGACGGGGAAGAACACGACGCCGCUGACAAGAAGGACAAGUAACCGGACGGCCGACUCGAGGAAAGCGCUCUUGAGCGAUGGAUGGACACCAUGCUGCUGUGAAGCAAACAGCCAGAAUGGCGAACAGCCAAACAGCCUUGUGGGAGGAUAGCUCGUAGAGAAGAAAGGCUUUAUAGCACGACCCGUGGAUAUCGCGGAGAGAAAAAUCGUCCUCGACUUUUUGAGCAGGAGGACUGAUGUACCCGGUAACAAACCGGAAAAGUUGGUUCGAUCAAGUUAGAUUUGAUACAGUAGUUUGACCAGCCACACGAGCCGAUUGUUGCAAUCAUGAAACGGAUGUGUUCAUCAUAGCCGGGGUGGGUGGGGAAAGAACGCGUUCUCACGUAUCGAUGCGCUGUUCCUCCGCAAUGCCAGUGAUACACUUUGCGAUGUGUCCAGCCUUGUCGCGGUUUGGCUCGCGACUUGCGUGUUGUGGGAGCGAUAUUUGUUUUCGACGAUCGACCCGAUCGUGAGCAUGUUGGUCGUGACCAUAACGAUGGACGCGCUACGCGCACCGCCCGUCUGGCUUUCGACGUCGGCACGAGCUACCAAUUCUGUUGACCAGAUCGCACGGGAGAUGGCUCGCCUUCCCUUAUCAAGAGCUUGGGUGACACCGCCCGUGAUACGCGAGACACAGUUUGUUCCCCUCCACGACAUGUUGUGUGCCCCUUCCUGUCGAGACGCUGUGGGGCGAAGAUCUGUCAUGCCGAUUGAUUGUGCUUCUGUUGUGCAUGCGAAAGAUUAGGAUAUGAUGGAACGCGUGGGGACCAGCAUGCAGUGAAAAGAGGGAGUCCUCCUCCUCGACAGACGGGCUUAGCGGAGAUUGUGCCCAUUCAAAGGGAUCUAUCUCCACAUAGAUGCAGACAUUUCAAAACAAGUUGGCAACCUCCCACCGGUGUUAAACGUCUCCGUUGUGUUAUGUUACUCCAUCAAUCUCGAGGCUUACGUCUCCGUAAGGGCUUGCGGAGAAGCGGUCGUGAGUCCUCGUGAAUCCAUCUCAAGUUUGUUUGUCUUCACUUGUGUAGUUUGUGGGUGCUGUGAUGGUAUGUAAGUAAGCCAAGAACCCCUUUGUUGGCAAAUAAAAGCGAAAACGCGGCCGAAGAAAAUGAUCUCGUCGCGAUCCGACAAACCCACCCGAACUUCGUAGUGACACACGGCGCCUCCCGUCCCUCCACCACGCACCAUCAUGCGCCUGAUGUAUCAACGCCAUGGACUCUACGGGAGAUCGUCGUUUUCCUACCUCGGUUCAGCAGCCGCCAACAACACAACGCCAAAGAGAACACGUCCAAUUACGGCCUGGUGGCGAUACUGCUGUGAUAUUGGACCUCCAGUCGACCUCGUCAUUCCGUAUCACCCUUGGCCUUACGUGCUAAUUUGCUUCGGCUGAAGCGCAAACCCACAUAAACCACGUGAACUUGCAACGUCGGCGAACAAUUCUGGGAGCUCCUACGCGCCACCGCUCCGUCACCGGUUUGUAAGGAUGCUGCGAGACCAAUGAUGGUCUAACGACUGCGUAUGCGUCUGCGUGAGUACACCCCCCCUACGCGCCACCCACCCCUUGUCCGUCUCGAACGGGGUGCAUGGCCCAUGGUCCAUAGCGCCAAGAGCAAGCGGCAAGCAACAAAUGAUCACCCCAUGGCCCUCCCAUUCCGCCGGCCGUAUACACCCAGAGGGACCGAACGCUCUCAGUCCGGCAUUACCUCGGAUACUACGACUGUCAGGAACAUCCUCGUUCGACUACAGCAUCAUCGCCCUGCUUGGGCUCAACAUCGCGCCACUUCCCCUCCUCCAUAAGAUCAGCCCUACUAAAAUGCGGCUUGUUUCGGUUCUACUCAAAAGUUACAAGUUUUUCCUUCGUACAAAACCCGUCGCCGCUGUGUAUUUCAAACACCAAAAAGAGCAGUACCACCGAACAGGUUUGUCGGCGCCUCUCUCUCUCUCUC